CAGAAGGGGAGGUUGAGCUAACGGUGGGAAUACGGGUAGAAAGCAUAACAAUAACGUUUAGGCUGGGACUCGUAGCGUCGCUUUUGGAUUGAAAUACGCAGAGUUUUAAACCUCGAGCUUCACCUCACACUGGCCCGGAGCAGGACAAGAGGAGGCGGGGAGAGGCUGGCAGGCUAAAAGUACCAGAUGCUAUUCCAGCGGAGAAGGAGAAGGGGCUCGCAGCAGCAAGAAAGGGUGAUGGGUUCUCGUUUCCCUGACGGGUAACAACAAACCGGAGCCAAAAAACAAACAAACAAAAAAAGAAAAAAGAAAGCGCGGAUAUUGGAAAGUGACUGGACCUCGCUUCAGUUCUUCGGCACCUCCGUUUGUGUGACAGUGCUCCUGAAAUGCUAGCGCAGUCUCGGUCUCGGCCGUCGAGCAGCCUCUGGGCCGCAGCUCGGCACACCGAGCCCGAAUCUGGGAAAUAGCUAGCUAGCUGCCUGCUAGCCGCAGCUGUACCCGAUGCUGCUGCUGCUGCGGGUGCAGCUGUUAAAAGGGAUCCAAAAGACAACUCAAGCUGUUUGGGGCCUUGGUGCUGAUUAAAUUAUCGUUUUACAUUAGCGGACUACGACAGGCACUUGAGAUGUGAUGCUUUUACGCGUCGUAUUUGAGCCUUUUGUAGCUGGAGGCAUUCGCUUGGUUGACGCGAAGGAGCUAAUGUUGCUGCAAAAUGCACAGCAGAACCACAACUGCAGGCUCCUGUUGAAGGGGGCGAGGUUAGACUGAUAACAGCCACCCUGUGUCUCUCAACACCUCCGGGGUCACAUUUGGACAUUUUCCCACGUCAUACACCGCUUCCUUGGCUGGCGACAUGGAUAAAUUAACGAUAAUUUCAGGGUGCCUGUUUCUGGCAGCAGAUAUCUUUGCAAUAGCCAGCAUUGCAAACCCGGACUGGAUCAACACCGGUGAAUCAGCAGGCUGCAGUGCCAGAAGAUUUGACCUGCACGUACCUGAAAAUGGUGCCCUCACAGUCGGUCUAGUCCGGCAAUGUCAGACCAUCCAUGGACGAGACCGGACUUGCAUCCCGCCAAGGCUGCCCCCAGAGUGGGUCACCACUCUUUUCUUCAUCAUCAUGGGCAUCAUCUCCCUCACAGUCACCUGCGGACUGCUGGUGGCAUCACACUGGCGUCGAGAAGCCACCAAAUACGCCCGUUGGAUUGCCUUCACUGGUAUGAUCCUGUUCUGCAUGGCGGCGCUCAUCUUCCCAAUAGGCUUCUAUAUCAAUGAGGUGGGAGGCCAACCGUACAAGCUUCCCAACAACACAGUGGUUGGCUCCUCGUACGUGCUGUUUGUCCUCUCCAUCUUCUUCACCAUAGUGGGACUGCUGUUUGCAGGCAAAGUCUGCCUCCCAGGCUGAGGACUCCAUCACGCUCGCCUCUGGACUGACACGAGAGGCCCUGAAAAUUUCAUGGGAUUUAAAAACAAACACACAUGCAAAAAUGACUGAAAAUCAAAAACAAACUCUGGCCAGAAGCCUGAAACGGGGAAGUUUCUGCUUAUGUGUCGAGGGACCGCAGCACCGUGGAGUACCCGAUGAAUAAAUGAACAAAACACUAAAAGGGGACAUGGACACAAAUGGGUGGAGGAGUGUGAGGGCAGCCGAUGCUGUCGCAGCACCCUGCCACUGCUGAUUUAAAAGAGAGAGAGAGAGAUAAAAAAAAAAACACAAGAAGGCGUCUCUCUGUUGUCGUUCUGUUGGAAAGGGUGCUUAAUGUGCUGCUGUCAUGGCAACCGCGGCCACAAUGCUGGCGCAUUUCUUGAGGACCACUACAGUCACUCCUUGACUUGAUUUCCGGCCACCCGCCACACCCCGCCGCUCUCAGCACUCAUCUGCGCCGUCAUGACCGCUCCUGUUGCUGUUUUUGGCUUCUCUUAGCUAUUUUCAGUUUUGUGUUUUUCUGUUGUUGUACAAUUUGUUUGUUUUUGGUUUUUUUCCUCCUCCUUCUUCCUCCCCCACCACCUUUUUCACUGAAGUUGUUAAAGUGUCACUAAGGUUCACUGAGCUGAACCCUUAAAGGGAAUUGGGCGCGUGGGGGUUUGCGAAAGCUUGACUUUAGAGCAGGGUUUAUUCUCUCCUGUCACAUUGCACGGUCCCCAGGUGUGUGGGAGAGGAGAGCAGCUGCGAUCACAGCUGUCACACAUGCCACACAUAGGGCUGCUGUGGAUGAGAGGAAGCUGCAGGUGUGCCUCCCUCUUUGUCUCCAACCAGCUCCUGCUCAGGAGCAGGUAGCAGCAAGGGGUGACCUCCCUGGGCAGCAGAACAGGAGGUCAAGCACCAUUAAGGAGAAUGCCACUUACUGUAAGACCUUGCAUAGUGUUAUUAAUAGCAUCAAGUAUUAAUGAGUGUAGACAGCUCCGCUAAGCCAUCAGCUAAAGCCAUCAUGCUGAUACAUACCCACAGCCAGUAACUAGAAUACUGUGAAUUUAGAGAAUAAUCAUCUGAACAUAAACGCAGCUCGUAUUUAUAGUAAUACACUUAAUUGCGUUAAGCACAGCCACAUGCCUAGUGGCCUUUUCAAAGUAUUUUCUAGGGAUGUACUUCACUGCAGCACGGAUUUUUUGAGGGGAGUUGGGAUUGAUCCCAUGUAUUGCUAAGUACAGCGAGACAGUAUUGCAUAUGGAUAUUGGAAUGGACGCUGGAAGUGGUGUGAAAAUAACGUGAAUGCUGAAAAUUAGUGGUAUUCUCCUUUAAUGUUGGACAGGAAGUAGGUGAGCCAGGAGCUUUUUUUUUUUGUUUUGUUUUGUUUUUUUUUCGCAUCAUUGAAGGGACUGCAGGUCAGGUCCAUGCAUGAGGGGCUGUGCCUCGGUUUGCUGCUCGUGACGUCUGUGAAUGCAA